AUGGAAGAGAUGUUUGCGUUCAAUGAGUGGUCAGACACGGGAAGGACUGGUCGUUGGAUACGAACAGCUGGUGGUCAGCCUUUGAGGUUAUGGUUCCGAGUCCUUCACACGUGCGAAGUAUUUGAUCAUCACUUGACAACUGGUCUCCAGAAGACAACCAUUGAAGUCAUUAAAGUGACAGCAAUGGCCGAUAAUAUGAAUAAUGGUAACGAGCCGAUGGACGUGGAGUCCCAGCCCCCGACAUCGGGUACUAAUCGUACAGACAAAGUAUUUAUCGUAAAACGGUGUCAUAUGGUGGCACAAUGGGGCUGGGAUGUGGUGGUAGAUAACUGUGCCAUUUGUCGUAAUAACAUAAUGGAGUUUUGCAUUGAAUGUCAGGCCCAAUGCGGCAGUGGUGGUGAUCCCGGUGCCGAGUCGUGCACAGUGGCUCAGGGAGUCUGUAACCACGGCUUUCACUUCCACUGUAUCAACCGGUGGCUUAAGACUCGGGCUGUCUGUCCACUGGACAACACGGAGUGGGAGUUCCAGAAGUACGGCCAUAAUUAGUGGUCAUGUGUUUACUCCCCGUUUCAUAAGUUAAUUGACUGCUAAUCAUGUAUUCAUUCAAAUAUGUUAGCUCUGAAUAAAACAAUUACCACUAAAUUAUGUGCUCAUUUACUUUUACUUGUUAAUUGGAGUAAUGAAUUGAAAC